UCCCGGAACCCGCCCAGUCUCUUCUGUCCGUCAAUGCAGCUCUAGUGGGCGGGGCUCGCUGCCGAAAGGACGAGAGAAGGCCUGCUCAGAGCACGAUGGCGGCGACAAAGUCUGAACCUCUGCGUGUGGGCUUCGUGGGUGCAGGUCGCAUGGCGGAGGCCAUUGCCCAAGGUCUCAUACGAGCAGGCAAAGUAGAAGCUAAGCAAGUGCUGGCCAGCGCACCAACAGACAGGAACCUCUGCCACCUCAGGGCUCUGGGUUGUCAAACUACUCACUCCAACCAGGAGGUGCUGCAAAACUGCCCACUUGUCAUCUUUGCCACCAAACCCCAAGUCCUGCCAGCUGUUCUGGAAGAAGUGGCCCCCGUAGUCACCACUGAGCACAUCAUCGUAUCUGUGGCUGCUGGGAUCUCUCUGAGCUCUAUGGAGGAGCUGUUACCCCCGAACACACGAGUAUUUCGGGUCUCUCCCAAUCUACCCUGCGUAGUCCAGGAAGGGGCCAUGGUGAUGACACGGGGCCACCAUGCUGGGGACGGUGACGCUGAGCUCGUACAGAACUUGCUGGAAGCCUGUGGACAGUGCAUAGAGGUUCCUGAGUCCUACGUAGAUAUCCACACCGGCCUCAGUGGUAGUGGUGUGGCCUUUGUGUGUACAUUUUCGGAGGCCCUGGCUGAAGGCGCCAUCAAGAUGGGCAUGCCCAGUGAUCUGGCCCACCGCAUCGCUGCUCAGACCCUGCUGGGGACAGCCAAAAUGCUGCAGCAGAAAGGGAAGCACCCAGCCCAGCUGCGGACAGAUGUGCUCACGCCAGCUGGAACCACCAUCCACGGGCUUCACGCCCUAGAGCAGGGCGGUUUUCGAGCCGCUGCCAUGAGUGCUGUGGAAGCAGCUACCCUCCGGGCUAAGGAGCUGAGCAAGAAGUAAGACAGGCCUCAGAUGAGACUACAGGCUCCUGGCCCAGCUACAGGCUCUGUGGUGAGCGUGGGAGUUGUAGUGGGCUGUCCUCUUGAACAUAAUGGCUAUCAUCAUCUUCAUCCAAGAAGCGGUGACUCCUUGUAAGACACAAAGACACCAACAAGACGGAGUGCGUUGACUGAGAUAUUCCAGCAAGGAAGGAAAAGGUGUGGAGGUCACUUGACCCUUACCCGAAAUUCCAGAUCCUCCCUUCUGCACCUCCCAACCAAUCGCAAUUGUGUUCUCAUUGCAUGUGGCCCCGUGGUUGCAGGAGCUGGUAGAAUAUAUAGCCUGUGGAGGUGGUAGACAUCCUCCUCCAUGCUGAUGUGAGACAUUUGGAUGGUUGUGGCUGCUUUGGGAUCACCACACUCCUGUAAGCAGCACCCCGACCGUAUUCUCUAAGUCCAAUAAACUCAUUGGUUCUUUAAGCUGGA